UAUAGAACGUUACCGGGACAUUUUAAAAAAGGUCUUAACAAUGCCACACGGUUAUGGUCGGGACUUGUUGAAAAUACUACAAAGCCGACUUUACAUACAGUUGAUAUAUCAAAUGUUCGCUAUAAAAUGAAUUAUAUGGAGGGCAUUUGCCCAGCUACACGUUUGAAGAUAGAAUGCCAUGCAAGAUCUUUAUCGAAUGUCUCAAAGGAAUCGAAAUUCACGGAAGAACAGGAAUUCAAUGCUGUAUUUCCAGAAAUAAUUCGAGAUAUUACGGAAAUCACCGAUUUAGGAAAUUCCAAGGAAAUUUCAUCUUGGGUGGCCCGAGCUAUGCAGUUCAAUGUACCCCAUGGCAAAAGGCAUCGCGGAUUGCUGACGGUUGGAGCAUAUAAAAACCUUGUGCAUGAACAGCAUCAAACAAAAGAAAAUAUAAAAUUGGCACAAAUCUUGGGUUGGUGUACAGAGAUGGUAAAUGGAUUCUUAUUGCUCUACGAUGACAUAAUGGACGGUAGCUCAACGCGACGUGGCCAAAGUUGUUGGUAUAAAUUGGAAGAUGUUGGAAUGAUAGCGAUCAACGAUACCAUAAUAAUUGAAAAUGCCAUUUAUAUUCUACUACGAAAGCACUUCAGAGACAAAGAAUGUUAUGCCAGUAUCAUGGAGUUAUUUCACGAAGUUAUAUAUGCCACAGCAUGUGGUCAAUGCAUGGAUUUUUUAAGUUGUCAGAAAUCAGUUUUAUCAUUCACGGAGGAACAAUUCAAAACAAUUGCGAUUAACAAAUCGGCUCAUUACACAUUUUACUUGCCAAUUAUGUUGGCCAUGGAACUGGCAGGUGUUAAAGAUCCUUUGACUGUUUGUCAGCUCAAGAAUAUCUCGAAUGAAUUUGGUAUAUUAUUUCAAAUUCAAAAUGACUUUUUGGAUUGGUACGUUAAUCCGGAAAUAACGGGUAAAAUUGGCUCCGACAUUGAAGACAACAAUUGCUCCUGGUUUGCUGUGGAAUGUUUGAAACGGGCAAAUGAGAAACAAAAACAAAUCAUGGCAGAGUGCUAUGGAAAAAAGGAUCCUCAAAAGGUGCUUCGUGUCAAGCAACUGUUCAUUGCUCUGGAAUUGGAUAAAGCCUAUACAGAGUAUGAGCAGCAAGCAUAUAAGAGAAUUAAAACAAUGAUUGAAGAAUCUUCUGAUUACCAACCUAAAGAAGCUAUUUUGCAUAUAUUAGACAAAUCUUAUUUACGCAAACGUUAAACAAGAUUUAUUUCAAAAAACCAACAGUUUUGCUGUCGGCAUCAAAAGUCCAUAAAAAUAGUAAAAACUUAAUUGAAUUAAGAAAUAAAAACUUUUGAAACGUGAAGCCUAGAACCACUGCACUAUGGGAUAGGACAAUAAAAAAAGUGGAAAGAAGCCGGAUUGUACACCCAGAAAAUGUAGUCACCUGAUAUCAGCAAACACUGUCUGCUGAUAUUAGAUUAAACUUUUGAACAAUUCCAAUCAACAUUUUUGAACUUCUA